CACAAGACAGUGCUGUUACGCGUUUGUGAACAACGUUCUUUUCCCAGCCGUAACUCAUGUAAACAGAGAAGAGACAGAAAACGCAACUGGAAGAGAAAGCUGGGGGGUGGUGGUGGGAGCGAACGUGUGAAUUCAAUAGCGAAAGAAAUGGGGAGGUGGGAUUCAGGGUGGAAGAGCCGGCUUCGCUUUUGAAUGAGAGAGAGAGAGAGAGAGACGGGGGACGAGCGAGAGCGAGCAAGGAAAGAUCCUGGAAGAAGAAUCACUGUUGUUUAAAAGAGAGAGAGAGAGAAAGAGAAGAAAGGGGGAAAAAGAGCAGGCAAGGAAAAGCUGAAGGAAACAAAGGAGGAACUGCAUUUCCUGUAAAGUAUGCGCCUAUGAUCCUUUCCACCGGAGAUUGUCUAAUCUGCAAUAAAAAAUUAACAUAACGAGGUAUCGGAUUUGGACGUGGAGAUCGGAGGAAUUCGGCUGACUUAAUAAAGCAACCUUCUCUGGAUGUACAAUUAAUUGCUAAGGAACUUCAACGUGUGAAUGAAUUCGCGUUUCUCGGGCAUCUUUUAACUCAAUGAAAAGGAAACAGCCAGGUCGACGGUUCGAUUAACAAUAAAGUCAGAAUUUGGGAGCUGACCCUUUCAUCAGUACAAUUGUAUUCCCCCCAUUGUCUCCGCCUAACUGUGAACGUUCAAGACUAAUGCAAAUCCUGAUAUACCAAUCUCAAAAGAAGGGGGCUCUUCACAAGUGAAUUUCCUGUCAAACCAGCAGGUUGUUCAGCCUUUGGCAUUCUCUGAGUGGGUAACACCAGUCCUUCAAAAUAGAUUCUCUCAGGAGCAAAGUCGACCUUCUGAAAUUACCUCUCUCUCUCUCUGCUAAGGCGGUGACCACCCGGAAACUUAAGGAAGGGGGGGUGCCAUCAAGAGCUGGGAACGGCCAGAGGGAGGGGGGAGGAGGAGGGGGGAACAGCCACCCCCGCAAGCAGACCCACAGCAGUGUGGAGAAGUCAAGGAACAGCAGCAUGGAUACUGAGUCCCAGUAUUCUGGUUAUUCUUACAAGUCAAGUCAUUCCCGCAGUUCACGGAAGCACAGAGACCGUAGAGAAAGACAUCGAUCAAAGAGCCGGGAAGGAAGCAGAGGUGACAAGUCAGUAACAAUCCAGGCACCAGGUGAACCACUAUUGGACAAUGAGUCAACAAGAGGAGACGACAGGGAUGAUAACUGGGGAGAGACCACCACAGUAGUCACUGGAACAUCAGAACAUAGUGUGUCUCAUGAAGAUGUGACUCGCAUAACAAAGGAUGUGGAUGAAUCUGUGACUCCUGACUGCCGUCGUUACCUUGGACCAGCCUUGUCAGCAGGUCUUGGUCUCUUUGCAUUUGUAACUCCUCUGGCAUUCCUUUUGCUUCCUCAGCUGCUAUGGCGGGAUGACUUAGAACCAUGUGGCACUCCUUGUGAAGGCUUGUAUGUGUCCCUCGCCUUUAAACUCUUGGUUUUACUUAUUGCAUCGUGGGCACUGUUCCUCAGACCUCCUCGGGCCACCCUUCCUCGGAUCUUUGUAUUCCGCUCCUUGUUGAUGGUACUUGUCUUCCUGUUUGUGGCAUCAUACUGGUUAUUUUAUGGUGUGAGGGUCCUGGAACCCAGAGAAAGGGAUUACCGUGGUAUAGUGGAAUAUGCAGCUUCACUGGUGGAUGCACUUCUAUUUAUUCAAUACCUGGCCGUCAUUUUGCUGGAAAUAAGACAAAUUCAACCAGCCUUCUGCCUAAAAGUAGUUAGAACAACAGAUGGUGCCAGCAAGUUCUACAAUAUUGGACACCUCAGUAUUCAGCGUGCUGCUGUGUGGAUUCUUGAGAGGUACUACAGUGAUUUCCCUGUGUACAACCCUGCUUUGCUGAACCUUCCUAAGUCCAUUCUCUCCAAGAAAAUGUCAGGGUUCAAGGUGUACUCUCUAGGAGAAGAAAACAGUACCAACAACUCAACAGGCCAGUCCCGUGCAAUGAUUGCUGCUGCAGCCCGGAGACGAGAUAACAGCCAUAAUGAAUAUUACUAUGAAGAGGCAGAAAUGGAGAGACGUGUGAGAAAACGAAAAGCAAGACUUGUGGUUGCAGUAGAGGAGGCUUUUACGCACAUUAAACGCUUGCAGGAUGAGGAUCAAAAGAAUCCACGAGAAAUUAUGGACCCCCGAGAAGCAGCCCAGGCAAUAUUUGCCUCAAUGGCACGUGCCAUGCAGAAGUACCUUCGGACCACAAGGCAGCAGCCAUACCAUAGCAUGGAGAGCAUUCUGCAACACUUACAGUUCUGCAUUACGCAUGACAUGACACCUAAGGCAUUUCUUGAGCGGUACUUGCUGCCAGGACCCACAGUCCAAUAUCACAGAGAAAACACAGCAGGCCGCCAGUGGACCCUGGUCAGUGAGGAGCCAGUAACCUCGUCUUUGAGAGAGGGGGCAGUUUUUGCUCUGAAAAGGAUGGAUUUCUCCCUAGUGGUUACUGUGAAGCAAAUUCCCUUCUUGCAGGUCCGAGAGGAGUUCAUUGACCCAAAGAGUCACAAGUUUGUGAUGCGACUACAGUCGGAGACCUCUGUCUAAUUUCUACGCCUUCAGGAGCAGCUUGUUUACAAGAAUGCUUGUCAGAUGGUCUUUCAGGUUAUAGAUUGUUUACAUCAUAAUGGAAGAGCUAUAUGUGAUCCUUAAUUAGGAUUAUAGCAUCAAGCCAGGACAGAGCCACACUACCUACAUUUUAAGCUUGUCACAAGCUACUGUGAUAGCAUCAGUCCCAUUGAUCUGAGCUACUACAUGGUGGGUAGUCUGUUUUUUUUUUUGUUUUGUUUUGUUUUUUUACCUGGGACACUUUUUUUGCAUUGAUUUUUUUUUUUUGACUUAUCAUAAAGUGCAAACGGUUGUACUGAUCAUUCCCCCAAAUGUUCCUGUUGCUACUGCUAACAGGAUUCACUUUUUCUGCCUGUGUCCAAUGAGUAAAACACAAUUAUGUAAACAGAAUGCAAACUUCUUGCAUUUCUCAUACCAAAAAAUUGAAAACAAAUCUCAAUUCUGGUUAUGGCUUGUUGGUUUCUGUGUGUGUGUGUGUAUAUGUAUGAAUGUAUGUAUAUGGUGUAUAUGUACAAAGAAGGUGUGUGUGUGUGUAUAAGAGAGUAAUGAAAGAGGAAGUGAACAGUUAUAAAGGAGAUGUCUUCAGAGGUUGCUUUGCUAAGUUAAAAUUGGUCUUUUUUUUUAAAUUCCACUCUUAAGUUGCAGAAUUUUGCUUUUGCUGUAUUUGUGCAUUUCAAUGUAAAUGUGGCCUUUUUCAGUUUGCUAGCAUUGAAGAGCGGAGGUGGUGUUUUUGUUUUUUUUUAAUGUACACAGUACAGUGUGCACAAUGUAUGUGAAAUCUGCAUCCAUGCACAAGCUCUCCAGAUUAAUGUUUGCAUACAAAGGAAUUUGUCUUGGACCCUUGCCUUGUAAGGAGAUAGUGGCUCCGCUGGUGUGAAACAUACCCAUUCUUGUUUUCUACUCAUAUCAAGACUUUUACUUUUUUUUAAAUUUGUAUUCUGACGUUAAUUGUGCACUACUAAGCCAGUGGCCUGCCUUUGAUCAAAGUUGCCUUAGCUUAUUUUGACAUAGUGGCCAGAAAAAACAACAGAUACGGCAGCGAGCGCUGGCUUUGGUUGUCAAGGGUGAAGAGCGCCUUUGUAUUGUAAUCUAAAUGUAAUUUACAUGUAAGUAAGAGUUCUGGUGAGAUAGUGGAGAGCAGGCAGAUACGCAAUGCAAAGGAAAUAGUGCUGGAAAAAAAAUACCUCACCUUAGAAAAGGACACAUGUUAGGACCUGGUUUGGUCAUAUCAGCUGGAAUGGCUGACUGAGCUGUUUAGCGAACUGGCACAUAGACUAAGAGGAUUGUAACCGUAAAAAAGAAUGGGAAUGUCGCCUCUGAUGAUUGGGACUGCUGUAAGUGUCGCAGGUUUUGCAUUUUGAUAAAAAAGGGGGAGUGGCUAGUGGAUUUCUCUUGCCAUCAGUAAUGCACAGCUUUAUUUGUUUUGUUUGUUAGUUGAAUGUCUUAAAUGUUCAUUAUAGUGAGAAGAACAAAAAAUCAUGUGGUAUUAAAAAGACGAGAGGAGACACUUGGAUGAAAUUGAUCUUGCAUAUCAGAAUGGAAGAUUCUCGCAGUCGAGCAUCGGAAUAAGACAAGAGCACCUUUCAAAAGUCACUGUGAUAUCAUCUGCCUGAAGCUUUUUUUUUAUGUUCCACAAGUCUGUAGUGUUCAAAUGUGGACUAAACCAAUUCUUCUUUACUGUGACCUCCUCCGAAGACAGAUGACAGUAUGGUAUCAUCACAGUGGGUCAUCAUACAACUCGUCCAUUCAGGACACAUUCUACAUGGCCUUAAAAAAAAAAAAAAAAAAAGUUCUAAAGUGAUUUUGUUUUUUAGAUUUUUCUAUCAUCAGCAGUUCAAAAAUACUUUUAUUGUGGAAUACCUUCAGCAAAACAAAGCUGGCUGCUUUAUGUGACAUGGUGAAGACGUAUUGUCCUUUUUUUCUUAUAAAAGCACUGUUUUAUCUUGGAAACCUUACUAAUCUCCUGACUUGGUCUCUCCAAAUGUGGCAGAAUUAGUCGAGAGCGAUCAUUUUCUAUCAAGUCCGAUUCACAAGCACUGGAUUUAUUGUAAAGCUGGUGUCCCUGACCAGCCAGAAGAGACCCCAUUGCAGAGUUUGUCUGUUUGUACAAUGAAAACAAGAAGCCACCAAGGCUGGAUAUUUUUCUGUAAGCACUGUUUACUUGAGACAUCACUGUACACAUUUCUACUUGCUUUGUUACUGAAACAAGAUGGACUCUUCAGCUGGAUGCAUCUUAACUGUUGCCUUCAGAGUGUCCCUUGAAGGAAUUUAAAACUGGUGGAAGGGUGGGGGUAGGGUUGGGGCAGGUUGGUGUGAGGGGGGCCAUGAUAUUUUGUAUUUGCAGUGAAGUAAUUUUCUAGUGUUUUAAAAUGCUAAACCUGUGGGCAUCGUGGUGCGUCACCUUGUGAGAGGGGUGGCUCUGGUGAACGGGGAGGAGCUCCGGGAAUGUUGGCCAAGAGGUAGCUCUCGUACAGUUAACCAGGAGUCACCUUCUCUCGGUCAUUACUACUGCUGGUGUGAUGUCAUGUAGUACAACUGGGUGAAGGUUUAUGUGGGCCAGGUCUUGUACAGGUCUUCCAGCUUCUUUGCUGAUCAUUUACAGGCAGGCACAUUUUGAAGCCUUUUGAACCACUACGGAAAGCAAUACUUCGGUUAUCUUAUCAAAGUAUAGAUAUGUAUGUGAUUUACUGGUGCUCUGUUUAUAGAGUUUUCAUGAACAUUACCUUUCUAAUGGUAUUCAUCUUGCUAAAGCAAAAACGAGUUAAUCUGCUCUUCUGCAUUUUUUGAAUAUACCUUUAAAAUAAGGACGUGCAUGAUAUUUUAUAAAUGAACAAAGCUUGGUGGGGAAGAAAAUACCUACUGAAUUCUGAAAGCACCUUCAAUUUUAUAUUUCCAAUGUAUAUAAUAUGAUGUCUAGUGAUAAACUGUUUAAAAAUGUGCAGGGUCAACCUUGUGAGUUGACUUAUUGACUUGAUUCUCUUUUUAAGCCUUGCAGUUUAGUUUAUGAAUAUCCUUCCAUAGUUUGUGAACAUUUUAGUGCCAAAAAUCAAUUAUGUAAUGUUUUACAGAGAUUUGUAGAGUUGCAUUAUUCCAUUUAAAUAAUGUUAGAUAUCAUGAAUGACUUGCUCUUCUUUUCUUGUGGAGUAUCUCAUUUCCUAACAGGCUUUUUUGAUUUGUGAUUUCUACCAUAAGUAUAUUCUGAUAGUUAAUAAAAAUCACGAUACACAAAUACCGCUUAUUCAUUAAGAACUAACGAAGAGUUUGUGUUUCAUCCCAGUAGGCACAGACCUCAACGCAUAGCUAUGAAUGUUUAUUAUUGACCUCUGUUUGUUCAUAAAGUUUUGUUUUAAUUUAAUUCCUCUUCUCCUUCGAUUCAUUUUUCCGUGAUGUAUAAAUUACUUUGUCAAACUUCAAUACUCUUCCUCUUGUUUAACAAAAAUGUCUAAGUCCUAUUUGGACAGGCUUAGUUUUACACCAGGAGGGUGGGGUGAAGUAAUCAUUACUGAAAGACCUCUGUAAUUUUUAAUCCCAUCCAAAUCGCUCAAAUUAUAGAGUUUAACUGACUUGUCAAUUCACACAGAACUAGUUUUACAUAGGAUAAAUGUUUUACCGACUUGGCUUGGUAAUCUUUACUGUGACGUGAAAACGCAGUCAGUAAAAUGUUACUGACAUGAGCAAGUCACACAGUGACUACAUUUACUGAGGUCCUCCAGCAAUAAUUCAUCUACCCCCACCCUCUGGUGUAGAACUAAUCCUACCCCCCAAACAGGCUUUAGUUAGUUUUAUUUUAGGUGAUGACAUUUUCCUUGGUUGGUUACAUUGCUAGCCUAUCAGAGAAUAUUUUGUUGGCAGAUGAAGGCUCUGGAAAUGAUCCACUUUACUCUAAAGGAACAAUGUGAUCGUUAUUUUCAAAGGAGUACAUUAACCAGAAAGGGAUCAAGUUUCAAGAGGUAAAGAACCUGUCUAAGGCCUUGAGAGUGUUUUAAAAAUCACAGGAAAAUGAGUGGAGGUGCACGGUCACAGUUCAAGAACUAAUUAAUGAACAGAUAUUGUUCAUUUCCUUGUAUGUUAGUCAGUUUCUGCUUUGUUUUCUGUGUCUUUAUGUGUAUUAAUUCUGUAUGUAGCAAUUCUAAUAUUUAUGUUUGCAUUUUACCUGAGAACUUGUCACAGCACUCAGUGAAUAGUGCUGUACAAAAAUAAACUGAGUGGACCUGGUAAACAAACCAAACUCGGGGAACAACUUGCAGCCCACACAAAUAUUCACAUGAGGUACACAUUUAUUACCGCUAUCGGUCGGAACUGGCUCAGUGUAUCCAUUAAAUACAGUAUAGUACGAGAAACUUAUAAGUUUGUGCUAGGUGAUACUAACCUGUGAAAGUCUUUCAUGUUGAACCAACAUAAUUGGCAAAUUGUUACUUAAUGCAGUGGGAGUUAAAAUAUUAGCAGUCGCAAAGAUGCUUAGACUUUAAAGGUGUUUGUUAAUAGAUACGUUUAAUAUGGACACCAAUUACCAGUAACUUAAUUGAAUCUGUGAUGGAUCGUUAGACUUCAAACACAACUAGACGCCCAGCCAUUAUCUUCCUGAAUGUUACUUUAGUAUCAUUA